ACUGGUUCUGCCUUCAGCCUUUGUUAUUUCCCAACCAGUAUAGCUGUUUUCUUCUCAAUUCCUUUUUUUCUUUCUGAAGAAGCCCUAGAAAAUAGAAAAAAAAUAAAAAGAGAAAGAAAAUAAUGGGUUGAGCUUUUGAGCUUUGUUAAUUAGUUUCAAGUUUUCAAGAUUUUCUUUUCGAAGUUCUGUUGUUUGAAUCGAGCUCGAAUGAGGUUUACAAGGAUUUGUUGAGAUCUUGCAUUUGUAAAGGUUCCUAUCUUAAAGAUAACGGGAUGUGCAAUCCCUUUCGUGGAAUAAGGGAGGUUUUUAUACCUACUCAAUCUAUUGUAUUUCUUAUUGUUGGCCUCAUUGAAUCUGGUUGAUGUGGGUUGUUCAAAUGAAAGGUAAUGAUCCCUUGACCAAUGGGUUGGCAGAACGUAAUCAUGAUGUGCAAGUUCAGCACAAGGAAACAAGGGAUGGGAUCAAGGGCGAGGGCCAGGAACUCUCUGUGGAAGAUGAAUCCCAAAUUAAUGAGGAUGUGGAAAAUGUGAAUGAUGGGUCUGUGGAAAUAGUGCAGGUCCAGGCCAAUGCACAGUCUGGCAAGACGCAGCAACAUUCUCAAGGGCCUUUGGUUCGUUGGGAGAGGUUUCUGCCUCUUAGGUCACUAAAGGUUUUGCUGGUGGAAAAUGAUGAUUCCACACGCCAUGUUGUUUGUGCAUUGCUUAGAAAUUGUGGCUAUGAAGUUACAGCAGUAGAAAAUGGUCUUCAAGCUUGGAAGCUUCUAGAAGACCUAACCAAUCAUUUUGAUCUGGUUUUAACUGAGGUUGUCAUGCCUUGUGUAUCAGGCAUUGGCCUUUUAUGUAAGAUUAUGAACCACAAAACCUGCAAGAAUAUUCCUGUGAUUAUGAUGUCAUCUCAUGAUUCCAUGAACAUAGUCUUUAAAUGUUUAUCAAAGGGUGCACUUGACUUUUUAGUGAAGCCUAUUCGAAAGAAUGAGCUUAAAAACCUCUGGCAACAUGUUUGGAGGAAAUGCCACAGCUCUAGUGGAAGUGGAAGUGGAAGCGGAAGCGAAAGUGGUGUACAAACCCAAAAAUCCACAAAGUCAAAAAGCACCGAGUCAGAUAACAAAAGUAGCAGUGAUGAUGAGGAUGACAUUGAAAGUAGUGGUUUAAAUGCAAAAGAUGGAAGUGACAAUGGAAGCGGCACUCAGAGCUGUUGGACAAGAAGGGCCAUAGAAGUUGACAGUCCAAAACUAAUGUCGCCAAGAGACCGGGUAGCUGACCCUCCUGAUAGCACCUGUGCCCAAGUUACACAUUCAAGGACAGAAGCAUCUGGCAACAGCUGGGUGCCCAUGCCUAUGACGGCAACAAAGGAAUGUGAGGGGCAAGAUGAUGAUCUUGGCAAUGGAGUUAUGGGCAAGGACUUGGAGAUGAAUGUACCUAGAUUUCCAAAUUUGCUGCUUGAACACCCAAAUGAAGAAGUUGACGGUAAUAUAGCAGGAAAUAGUGUAGAGAAACUCCCUGAAAUAAACUCAAAGAACAAUGCUGGGAAAAUAGAAAAAGCACAAGUAGAGAUCAAAGGUGGGAAACAAAAUGAGGAUUCAAGAAGCGCAGCUGCUGAUGUUAUGGGUGUCAUCACUAACAACACCAAUCCUCAGAUGAGAAGUGCAGUUUUUGACAUCCCAUACACUCUCCCCAGGGUUCCCAACCAAAAAGAUGUGGCUGUUUAUGAAACUAAAGAUGUCCCUUCUCUUGAGCUUAGUUUGAAGAGGUUUAGAGAUGAUGGAGAUACCAGGACCAGUGCACAUGACCGAAAUGUUCUUAGGCAUUCAGACCUCUCUGCAUUCUCAAGGUAUAAUUCUGGUUCAACCACUAACCAAGGGAAUGUGGGCAGCUGUUGUCCACUUGAUUACAGUUCAGAGGCAAAAAGAACAGACUUGAUACAAAAUUUUCAAUCAAACUCAAAUAGCACCCCUCCUAAUCAGCGCUCCAAUGGCAGUAGUAACAACAAUGACAUGGGUUCCACUACUAAUAAUGCAUUCUCCAAACCUGUAUUCAGCGGCAAGCCUGCACCCAAAUCUACUGCUAAAGGCCCCAGUCUCUCUUCUGCUUUGCAGAAUGGCUAUAUGCAUCUUCCUAAACCUGGAAAUGCUGAUGUCGCUGCAAAUACAAUUUUAGCUCAAGCCAGGGACGCAAAUCAGCAGGUUAAAGUGGAGCAUCACCAUCACCAUUACCAUCACCAUCACCAGCACCACCAUGUUCACAUGCAGAAGCAGCAGCUUGCCAAGCAUGAUGAUUCAUCACUGAAAAAUAUGUCUGCAGCAGCUCCCCAGUGUGGGUCAUCAAACAGGUUGAGCGCACCUGUAGAUGACAUUGUUGGUAAUUGCAGUUUGAAUGGGAGUGCAUCAGGAAGUGACCACGGAAGCAACAGACUGAAUGGAAGCAAUAGACUGAAUGGGAGCAGCAUUGCACUAAAUCUCAGAGCAACAAAUACAGAGAGAUAUAAUGAGGUAGCCGAAAAACUCAGUACAGGAUGUGGAAUUGGAAGCAGAACUGCAGUUGAUCAAAAUCAUUCUGCAUACAGAGAAGCUGCUUUAAACAAAUUCCGCCAAAAGAGGAAACAGAGAUGCUUUGAGAGGAAGGUUCGAUACCAUAGUAGAAAGAAGCUGGCAGAACAAAGACCUCGGAUUAGAGGACAAUUUGUGCGACAAGCAGCACAUGGAAAUAAAGAAAAAGAUGCACUUCACUAACCCACCCUAUCGCCAGAUUGUGUUUUUGUGAUAUUGUACAUGAGAUUGCCACUAGCUCUACAUGGGAGGAAGUAUUUAGAUUGGGAAAAUGCAUGGGUGUCCUGCUAUAAAAGUUAUAGUAGUCACUGUCGAGAUGACAUUCAUUACACGAAUAACAAUGGUAGAAGAACAUCUUGAACUGUACUUUAUUAUUGUGAACUAAUUUGUUUCCAUCGUUAUGUACUAUUUCUACCAGAAGGCAGCGGCCUUCUCUAAUAAAGAAACUCACAGAGUUGGCGUGUUGUAGUUUUGUAAGACUCUUCAUGUUGUCAGUUCCAUGGGUGGGGGGGGCCUGCUUCAAAGAUCUUUUCUUCUCUAAUGGUUUUAUGGCAUUGGUUUUCUGAUCUAAAUUUCCUCUGAAGUACUACCGUGUCUGCAAUGUGGCUAUGGUUAAUGAUUUUAAAAGGUGUAUUUGGUAUGCA